CAGCCAGCCACCCCAAACUGACCAAAACAUAAAAUAGCAACAACAACAACAAAAAACCUAAAAAAUAAACACAUAUUUUCCACAAAAUUUCGAGCUUUGAAAGAAGUUGAUUGAUUGACUGGUCGGUCGAUUGAAGUUAGCCUACCACCAGCAGCGGCAGAAGCAGAAGCAGCAGUCAUGGCGUAUGCUUCUCACCUAUUUCAGCACUCAAAAAAGUUACGAAUUCACCAGCGUGCCGAUUUGGCGCGUUGGUUAUCAAAUGAUUCUCAACUCUUUGGUGGUAAAAGAAACGAUGCUUGGGCAGUUAUAGAAAAAAGGAGGUACUCUAGUGCUGCUGCUAAUAGCACUGUAAUGUCAUUCGGUGCAUCUAAGAAAGAUGUUUCUGGGACGAUUAUGAAAGUGGGAAGCCCAAUUGCUGGACCACUAUUUAUGAAGGAUUUUGCUUGUUCACAGGUACACUGGAAGAGAGGGUUUUCAUCUGAUUCAGGUCUUCCUCCACACCAAGAGAUUGGAAUGCCUUCUCUCUCACCCACAAUGACAGAGGGUAACAUAGCAAGGUGGUUGAAGAAGGAGGGUGACAAGAUUUCUACCGGUGAAGUCCUCUGUGAAGUUGAAACCGAUAAAGCAACUGUUGAGAUGGAAUGUAUGGAAGAAGGUUAUCUUGCAAAGAUAUUGAAGGGAGAUGGGUCAAAAGAAAUUAAACUUGGCGAGGUAAUUGCCAUUACCGUUGAAGAUGAGGAAGACAUUGCAAAAUUUAAGGAUUACAAUCCUUCAGCGUCAGGAAGUGGUGCUACUUCUGCUAAUGAGGCUUCUGCCCCUACCCCACCUGCUUCACAAAAGGAGGAAGUUGAAAAACCAGCUAGUUUACCAGAACCAAAAAUUUCGAAGCCCAGUGCAGCUCCUGAUGGAGAUCGCACUUUUGCCAGUCCUCUUGCAAGAAAAUUGGCUGAAGAUCAUAAUGUACCCCUCUCAAGUAUCAAAGGAACGGGUCCUGAUGGCCAUAUUGUGAAGGCUGAUAUCGAAGAUUACUUGGCUUCACGAGGAAAGGAAGCUCCAGUGACAAAGCCUGUUGCCAAGGACACCUCAGCUCCUGCUUUAGAUUAUGUGGAUAUCCCUCAUUCUCAAAUAAGAAAGGUGACAGCUUCACGCUUGUUAUUCUCAAAGCAAACUAUUCCCCAUUAUUAUUUAACAGUGGAUACAUGCGUCGAUAAACUUAUGGGUUUGCGGAGUCAACUCAAUUCGAUACAAGAGACUUCAGGUGGGAAGAGAAUAUCUGUAAAUGAUCUUGUAAUCAAGGCUGCUGCUUUGGCUCUGAGGAAAGUUCCCCAGUGCAAUAGUUCAUGGACUGAUAACUAUAUUCGCCAGUAUAAUAAUGUUAAUAUCAAUGUAGCGGUACAGACAGAUAAUGGACUAUAUGUCCCAGUUAUUAGGGAUGCGGACAAGAAAGGUCUAUCCAAAAUUGCUGACGAGGUGAAGAAUUUGGCCCAAAAAGCAAAAGAGAAUAGCUUGAAACCAGAAGAUUAUGAGGGAGGCACGUUUACUGUUUCCAACUUGGGAGGGCCCUUUGGCAUCAAGCAAUUUUGUGCGAUCAUUAAUCCUCCCCAAUCAGGCAUUCUAGCAAUUGGGUCCGCUGAGAAGAGGGUCAUCCCCGGUUCUGGUCCUGAUGAUUUCAAAUCCGCUUCCUUCAUGUCUGUAACACUAAGCUGUGAUCAUCGUGUUAUAGAUGGGGCAAUUGGUGCGGAAUGGCUAAAAGCAUUUAAAGGCUACAUUGAGAAUCCAGAGUCAAUGUUGCUGUAGAUUACUCUACGGCCACUUUCAUCAUUUCUUUUGACACUUAUUUUAUUUUAUUCGCGGUGGUGAUUAACAACGAGGUACUUGAUGUAAUCCCCAUUGUCAUUGCUGAGUUCUAUUUGUUUGGCGUUUAUGCAUCACCAGGAAACUCCCUUUGUAGUCUUGGCAAAACAGCAUUUGGUGGAAUAAGUGGGGAAUUGAGGCGUGAACAGCGAGCUCAAUUUUGUAGUUGCAGAGUGUCCUAACCCUUUUUGUGGGUAAUAAGCAUGAGGUUUUUUUA